AUGACAGGAGUUCAGGCAGCCUUUAAAGAAAUCAAUGAAAAUUCUGGUGGAGUUUGGGGAGGUAAAAAACUGAGGUUAAUUACAUUGGAUGAUGGUUAUGAGCCAGCUAGAACUGUAAAUAAUACGAUUCAGCUCAUUAAUAAUAACACAAUAUUUGGAUUGAUUGGAUAUAUGGGGACAGGUACUUCGCAAGCUGCAUUUCCAUAUCUUACUGAAUCAAAACUUCCAUUUAUUGGUGCAUUCACGGGAGGAUUGUUUUUGAGAACACCUUUUGUUUCUAAUAUUGUGAAUAUUAGAGCUAGUUAUCAAGACGAAACUGUAGCUAUGGUAGAAUAUUUAGUUACAGUAAAAAUGGUGAGGAGAAUUGCAAUCUUUUAUCAGAAUGAUGCAUUCGGCAUGUCAGGGGUUGAUGGUUCUAGUUUGGCAUUGACGGCUCUUGGAAUGAGUUUAGUUUCAAGAGGUUCUUAUGAAAGAAAUACUAUUGUUGUCGCGAAGGCAGUUUCAGAUAUUGUUGCUGGAAAUCCACAGGCAAUUAUCUGCAUGUCAACAUACAAACCAACAUUGGAAUUUAUCAAUACAGUCAAGAAUAGGACAGAUUUUGACCCAAACAUUGUUUUCAUGACUGGCUCUUUUAUUGGUUCUAAUAUUUUACCAUACAGAGAUAGUGUUGUCAUUACUCAGGUAUUACCUCCACCAACCAACACAAAAUACCCAAUUGUUCUAGCCUAUCAGAGAGCUAUGAAAGCAUCCAAUCCAAAUUUCGUGCCUUCCUAUGUGGAAUUGGAAGGAUACAUUGCUGGAAAGAUGGCAGCAAAUAUAUUGACUCAAAGAGUUUCUGGAGAUUUGACACGCAGUAAUUUUCUUCAACUUGUCUAUUCCACUAGUACCUAUAUUAUUGAUAAUCAAGUUAUUGGACCGUACAAGCAAUGUAGCUCUUCUAGAUCCUUGCAUUACUUUUUUGAUGAUCCUCAAAAUCAAGAUGCCUUUCUCUAUCCAGUUUUACAACCACGUACAAGAUUGAUACCACGAAAAAUUGAAUCAACAUUUGUUGCGCCUUGCUCUUGUAAUCAAGGUUUGAGAUCUAUUUGGAAAACUUCUCAAAAUGCUGAUAGUUCAUUUAGUGAAAUUUCAGAUCCAAUGGUUUGGGAUACUACUAGUACUACUAAUUAUACCUGCUUCUAUGAUCCAACAAAGACUCUCCCACCAAUUGUAUUUGGACACAUAUCAUCUGGAGAUAAGUAUGAUGAAGAUUUUCUAGUUGGAGUGUUAUUAGCAUUCAACGAAAAAAACAAUCAAAAAGGUAUACGUGGAAGCGUGCUAAGAAUUCUCACAAAAACCCCAUCCAAUAGUUCUGCUUCUGCCCUUAUUGAUACAGUUAAUUUGUUGAAAAAUGAUUUUAAUGUACUUGGAAUUUUGGGUGGAUUUUUACCAAGUUCUAGUUAUGCUCAAUUCGUAGAUCAGUUUAAAACUCAAUUACCUAACACAUUGUUUCUAUCGCCUUCCACAUCAUAUGACUCUCCAACAUUGAGAAGUGUAUUUUCUCCAAAUAUUAUUCAUAUUGGAUUAUCUAUUCGUGAAAAGUUGGCCACCUUUUUCGAUUUUGAAAUGAAUGCAAAUGGGCAUUCCAGAUUUUCUGUAGUAUAUGGUAAAUCCACUGAAGGGGCAGCAGAUUGUAAAGAGUUCAAGAACCAAUUGAGCCAAUUUGGAUUAACUGUUGAGAGUGAAUAUGAACAUUCAUCAUCUGUUACAGAUUACAAGUUAGUCACACAAGCACUUGUUUCAAAUGAUGGUAACCCUCAAUCUGUUGUUGUUCUACUUCCUGAAAAUAUAUCCUCAUUCUCUUAUUUGAGUACUGUAAUCAAGGGUAUUGUGAAUAUUGGAAAGAGAGAUGACUUGUCAAUAUUCUUUUUGUACUUUAAAUAUACAUCUUGGGUGGCAGAUGUUUUUAACUUGAUGGCUAGUCUUAAUACCAAAAAUAAUGUAUAUCUUAUUCAAAGAUAUCCUCAUGUUGUGGACACUCAAUUACCUUUAGUUGCAGCUUACAAUAAUUUGUUCAGCAAGUAUUAUUCUUCUUCUGUUUCUACAACUGGAUCUUUAGAAGGUUUUUUGGCUGCAAGCUUUUUAAUUGAAGUUUUGGAGAAUAUUUCUCCAUCUGCAGAUAUUAAUGGACCAAGUACAAUUUUCACAAUUUACCAAACGCAACAAUUUUUGAAAUAUUCCAUUCCAUUUGGUAAUUUCAUUAGUAAUUCUUGCAAUUUGGGCAUGAGAACAACCUAUUUGUACAAGCUGGACGGAUCGACCUUUACAAAUGUCAAAAUUCAAUCAUUUGACAAGACUAAAUGUGGUCUUUCAGAAGAUAUUUUUUCCUCUGAAAGUUCCAUUGAAAAACAACUUUUAUUUGGUAGAUUACUACCCGUGGAAGAUGCUUCACUUCCAUAUGAUGAUUUUAGUGUUGGUUUGAAUGCAUUAUUCACAUCUUAUAACACUAAGGGAACACUGGAUACUGCAACUUUGCACUUAAAAACUCUGUACUAUUCAAGCAGAGAGGAAAUGACCAAGAAGGCAGAGGAGCUCAUUCUAAAAUACAAAAUUUUUGGAUUUUUAGGAUCUAGACUAGUCUAUGAUGUUACUGAACUCAAGGCUAUAAUGGAAAAUUACAAGAUACCAAUUAUAGGUCCACUUUCUUCUCAGUUAGCUUUGAGAGAACCUUACUCAAGGUUUGUGGUCAAUUUAAGACCUAGCAUUGUUGAGGAAUCUGUAGUUUUGACAAGAUAUCUGACCUCUGUUAUUACCUCAAGAAAACCAACAGUUCUCAUUCUCAGCGGAUCAUCUUACUAUUGGCAGCAAAAUAGUAAUAAUGUUGUUUCAUUUUAUUCGAAGAGUAUUGAAGGAGUUUCGAUUUCAUCAACUAGUAUUUCGUCAGUCUCUUCCACUUCUGGUAGAGCUGUAGAAGGUUCUAAGCCAGACUUGGUUCUUUUGUUGGCCUCUCCAACAGAAGUUUCACAAUUUCUAACCAACUAUCCCACUUUUUCCUCUCUAAUUGGAAUACCUUCAGAAAUUUCAUCUAUUUCUAGUUUCAAAACACUCUUAAAUGAUAUACCUUCUUCAGUAAUAAUUAGUCCUCAAUUUUUAGAAAGGUAUGAUAAGGCUUCAUCAACAAACUUUAUGGCCAGAGAUUUCUUGAUAGACAUGGCCAAAUACUCAACCUCAUCAAAUACCUCCACACUAAUGUAUGAAGCUUAUGCAGUGGGUUAUAUGACAACAACUGUUCUCAAGUUCAUGUCCCAAGCCAAUAUGGAUUAUAGCAGAGAAAAAUUUGUUUCCACAUUUUUCGAGAGGUCUGUAUUUGAAUUAGGAAAUAAUGAAUUUGGACCGUAUGGCGAUGAGUGCUCCAUACAAUCCACUUUUGUAGUGAAAGGCUCUUGUGAAUCUGUUUCUGUUUGUAAUUGUAGUCAAGGCGUGAGAGCUCUUCAAAUCAAUUCUCUAACCUCAUCCUCGGAUAGUAUUUUAUAUGAAAUGAAUUUCAAAACAUGUGGAUUGCAAGCUAUUGAACCACUUCUUUCAGAUGGAGCCAUUGCUGGUGUUGCUGUUGGGGGUACACUAGCUUUUUUAGGUACUCUAUUUGUUAUACUAGUACUGAUUUUCUGUGCAAGAAAUAGAUCCUCAGUUAAGAAUGCUCCCAAGUCAGGAAAUAUCACUUGUGCAUUUACGGAUGUUCAAAGCAGUACAAAACUUUGGCAAAAUAAUGAAAAGGCUAUGAGAAAUGCAUUAGAAAUUCAUGACAAGAUUAUGAGGAAAAAUCUUGAAUUAUUCAGAGGUUAUGAGGUCAAGACAAAUGGUGAUAGUUUCUUUGUUGCCUUUAAGGAUCCAUUUGAUGCUGUUUUAUGGUCUUUAACAGUUCAAUUAGAUUUAUUGAAUGCGAAUUGGCCUUCAGAAUUAUAUCACGAAUAUGAUUGCAGACAGGAAUGGGAUGAACGAAUCAAGAAACCUUAUUGGAGUGGAUUGAGAGUGAGAAUUGGACUUCAUUACGGAAAGGGAGAUUGCAAAUGGGAUAAAACCAUGAAACGCUUCGACUAUUUUGGAACAGUUGUAAACAAGUCAGCACGUAUUGAAGCAUUAGCACAUGGAGGACAAGUUUUGAUCAGUGAAGAAUUAUUGGAAGUAACUAAAGACCUCUUCCAAGAUGUUAAGAAAAUAGCCAGUUGUGAUGAAUUUCCAGCCUAUCAAACCACUACAAAAGAGGAGAAGAAACUAGCUGUGGACGACAAAACCUCAACAACAGCUAGUCUCAAACAUCAAAAUUCUCUCUCUAGUGUAUUGGUUGACUAUGUUUGA